GCGGCGGGCGGGCAGGGAGGGAGGCGGCGGCGGCCGCCCGGGGCUUUUCGCUGCUCGCUGCCUCGUCGCUGCCAUGGCUUCGCUGCGCUCCGGCCCGGCCUGGUGCCGCCUGCUCGCCUGGGCCGCGCUCGGCCCCGUGCUUUGCGGAGGGUCGGUGCGGGCCGAGCCGGAGCCGGAGGCGGACCCGCACGCGCGGCACCUCUACAGCGCCGAGAUGCUGCGGCACGGCGCCGCCGCCGCCCCGCACUUCGUCAUGUUCUUCGCCCCGUGGUGUGGACAUUGCCAGCGUCUCCAGCCAACUUGGAAUGAUCUGGGAGAUAAAUACAACAACAUGGAAAACCCACAGGUCUAUGUUGUUAAAGUGGAUUGUACUACAGACACUCCUCUGUGCUCUGAAUUUGGCGUCCGAGGAUACCCUACUUUAAAGCUGCUUAAACCAGGACAAGAACCUCUGAAAUACCAAGGCCCUAGAGACUUCCAGACGCUGGAAAACUGGAUGUUGGAAAAACUAAAUGGGGAACCAUCUGAUUCAGAAUCUACUGUGGAACCACCAAAAGCCCCUGAACCUAAGCAGGGAAUGUAUGAACUCUCAGCAGACAAUUUCAAGACGCACAUAGCAGAAGGUAAUCACUUCAUCAAAUUCUUUGCCCCUUGGUGUGGUCACUGCAAGGCUUUGGCCCCAACUUGGGAACAGCUGGCUCUGGCCUUUGAACAUUCAGAAACUGUAAAGAUUGGCAAGGUCGACUGUACCCAGCAUUAUGAGGUCUGCUCUGAAAAUCAAGUUCGUGGCUAUCCUACACUCCUCUGGUUUAGGAAUGGUGAAAAGGGUGACCAGUACAAAGGGAAGAGGGACUUUGAUUCCUUGAAGGAGUAUGUGGAUUCCCAACUACAGAGCUCUGGGAAAGAACCACCAGCAAGUAAACCCACAGAAGCCCCACAGCCACCUGCAGAACCCACCCAGGCUGAGCAGGCUACAGUGCUUUCUCUCUCUGAAAAAGACUUUGAUGAAACCAUUGCUAGGGGAAUCACCUUUAUUAAAUUCUAUGCUCCAUGGUGUGGUCACUGUAAGAACUUGGCUCCGACUUGGGAGAGCCUUGCCAAAGAGCAAUUUCCAGGUUUGACUGAUGUCAAAAUAGCAGAAGUAGACUGCACUGUAGAACGUAACGUCUGCAACAGAUUUUCUGUACGUGGAUAUCCUACGCUUCUGCUUUUCCGAGGUGGAAAGAAAGUCAGUGAACACAACGGGACGAGAGAUCUGGAAUCACUGCAUAGCUUUGUUUUGCGUCAGGCAAGGGAUGAGUUGUAAUAAAAGUCUCAAUGCUC